AUGGGCAUGGAUCAAAGAAACUGGUUAGAUCUUCCUGAUGAUGUUACAACAAACAUACUCGAUAGGUUGAGCGUAGUUGAGAUUCUUGAGAACGCACAGAAGGUGUGCACUGCGUGGCGUAAAAUCUGCAAAGACCCGGCUAUGUGGAGAGUUAUCGACAUGGAAAAUCUUCAAGGUUUGGCUAACCCUCGUGCACUUGAGAAGAUGUGUAUGAAUGUGAUUGAUCGGAGUCAAGGCCAGCUUGUUGAUUUAAGCAUCGAACAUUUUCCUACUGAUGAUUUGAUUGAAUUCCUCGCUCAAGGCGAAAGAUCAAGUCAGCUCAGGCGUCUUCAAAUUUCAUAUUGCUAUGGUUCGUUGCAUAAAUCUUGGAAUGACUUAUUUAGAAAGGCUCCGAUGCUGGAGGAAAUUGCUCUUACUUUCACUACUAUUUCGGAGGAGACUGUUGCAGAAAUUAGUCGAUGUUGUCCCAUGCUCAAGUCAUUCACAUAUAACAAUCAUGGUUGGAGGCAUAGCAUAGGGAUGGAUGCUGCAGAUGACUUUGUUAUAUCUGUUGCAAAAGGCAUGCCGCAGUUACUCCACCUACAGCUCACUGGCAAUGAAAUGUCAAACAAGGGUUUACAGGCGAUUCUGGAUGGUUGUCCUAACCUUCAGUCCCUUGAUCUACGUGGAUGCUUCAGCAUUAAACUUUACGACAGUUGUGGAAAGCUAUGUAAGGAACGAAUCAAGAACUUGAGGCUCCCCCGUGACUCUAUGAUAGGCCACAAAGUUGCACCCUACGAUAGUGAAGAUGAGUAUGAAGAUUAUCUCUGGGAUGGUUAUGUUGGGCUUUAUGACGAUCUUUUGGAUGAUGUUGGUGGUGGCUUUGAUGAUGAUGAUGGUGGCUUUGGACCUUUUGGUGGUUUUGCUGAUGGCGUUGCAGAUUAUUACCAUCUCCUCUGA